CACACUAAGUUACUAAGACAACAAAACACCCUAAAAUGUGCCUUCCAUUUACUAUUCUCCUACCAUUGGUCUUCUCAAUAUUGUCACCUUAUUUCGUACCUCUCACACACUCCAAACUCGCUCGACUUGGUAUUUCCCCAACAACGAGACCCACAGAAACAGUAGAUGCCUCUACUUAUAAUUCUGAUCUCAAAUUCUUCUACUACGAUCAGACUCUCGACCAUUUUACUUUCACCCCCGAAAGUUACCAGACGUUUCAACAAAGAUACGCCAUCGAUUCCAAGCACUGGGCUGGUGCCAAAGGCAACGCACCUAUCUUAGCUUUUCUUGGAGAGGAAGCGUCGUUAGAAGUUGAUUUGCACGAUGUCGGUUUUUUCCAAGAUAAUGGUCCUCGAUUAAAAGCCCUUCUUGUCUACAUAGAGCAUAGAUAUUAUGGAAAGUCUAUGCCGUUUGGAUCGGCGGAAGAAGCAUUAAAGAAUGCGAGCACGUUGGGUUAUUUGAACGCAGCACAAGCUCUAGCAGACUAUGCAGCGAUUCUCCUGCACGUUAAGGAGAAGUAUUCUGCGAAACACAGCCCAAUCAUCGUCGUUGGAGCAUCCUAUGGUGGAAUGUUAGCGGCGUGGUUCAGGCUAAAAUAUCCACACAUAGCACUUGGGGCAUUAGCUUCUUCAGCUCCUCUUCUCUAUUUCGAAGAUACUCGUCCAAAAUUUGGUUAUUAUCAUGUCAUAACCAAUGUUUUUAAGGAAACGAGUGAGAGAUGUUAUAAAACAAUCCGUAAAUCUUGGAAAGAGAUUGAUAGAGUUGCUGCCAAAUCCAACGGUCUCUUGAUCCUUAGCAAAAAAUUCAGGACUUGCGCCCCAUUGAGCCGUAGCUUCGAUAUCAAAGACUUUUUGGACUCAAUAUACGCAGAAUCAGUUCAAUUCAACGGGAAUCCUGGUGAUUGGGUGGAUACGUUAUGCAACGCAAUCGACAACCCACCAAACCGUAACAAUUAUGUACUUGACCGGAUUUUUGCAGGUAUUGUUGCCUAUAUGGGCAACCAGUCUUGCUAUGAAACCGAUUUGUUUAUACAGCCCUCAAACGGUGUCAUCGCAUGGAGUUGGCAGAGCUGCAGCGAAAUAGUGAUGCCUAUAGGACAUGACAAACACGACACAAUGUUCCAAACGGCUCCGUUUAAUAUGACCAGUUUCAUUGACGACUGUAAAUCCAACUAUGGUGUUUCUCCUCGGCCUCAUUGGAUCACUACAUACUUCGGCAUUCAAGAUGUCAAGUUAAUUCUCCGAAGAUUUGGGAGCAACAUCAUUUUCUCUAAUGGAUUAGCAGAUCCUUACAGCGUCGGCGGUGUGUUGGAGGAUGUUUCAGAUAGUAUAGUAGCCAUCAAGACACUUAAAGGUACACAUUCUCAAGACCUCAGCUCGAGGAGAAAGGACGAUCCAGAAUGGCUAGUGAUGCAAAGAGAAAAAGAAAUUAAAAUAAUUCAAUCUUGGAUUUCAACUUACCAAAAAGAUCUAAGAGGUCGCAAUAUGUCAUAAUAAGUUUGUGUUAUAAUUAAUCUUCGUAAACAAUAAGUCUUACCAGAAAAUGUUCAUAAUAUAUCUAUAUAUAUAUAUAUAUAUAUAUAUCUUUAGUAUGUAAGUGAUAAUUUGUACUUGUCGUGGAGUCGGUCAAUAAUCUUUAAAAAGGGAAUGGAUAUGAAAUAGUAUCCCUCUCUAGCUUUAUCUGUUAAUCCAUCUGGACUAA